AUGGCAAGCACUUUUCUGGAACUAGAGACAUCAAGGGCAUGUGAGUGGUGCUCUGCACCGAUUGACAUGAAACAAGAGCUUCCAGGUUAUGCGAACAAACCAUUAUAUGAAUGGGACCAUGGACUUUUGGAGGAUCUGCGCCACUGUUAUGACUGUGUUGAAGUGUAUCACAGGCUUGAAGAUGAAUUAAUAAGAGAGAGGCCAGAAUUUAAAAAGGUACAUGUAAACCUGCAAGUAAAAUCAAUGAGAGACCUCUGGUCUGUCAUGGAAAGAAUAAGUUAUUGCCUUACAAUCAUGGAGCAUUAUAAGUAUUCCCUGGUGCAGAUAAUUAAACCAUGCAGCGCAAUAAGCAUAAUCUAUUCUGUGCUGUUGACUAUUUGCAGUCAAAAUGAUGCUACACAUCGUUACAUAAUGUACAUGUAUAUCAUUUUUCUUCCUAUGCAAAUUUUAGCAACUGUCCCUUAUUUUCACACCCUAUCCCUUAACAUAAUAUUUUGGCUAGUCCCUUGCCUUGUGAACAGGACAACAUUGCAUGUUAGGGGAAAGUUACUCAUACUUGUAGAAAGGUGUCAAAUUACAAAUUAUGUAUAUCAGAUCAUGAAGUAUGUAAUGUGUGAAAUAUUUUUUGACCCCCUUGCGUUCAUGGUACAACAUUGUUAGCUUCUUCUUCGCUCUUUUUUUCUCUGCACCUGAAACUUCAUGUACAUGUACAUUAUUAUGUUGUACCACUUAACAUCCAGGAUUGUAUCAUUAGAAAUUGCAGUUGUUGGAUACCCAAAGAUUGAAAGACACGGUAAAGCAGGCCUUUGAUUUGCCAGUUGAGAGAAAAGUUUUUGAUCGCUCUGGGCAGGUUUGUUUUUCUCUUAUGAAAUUUUAAUCCUCUUUUCCUAGUUAACUCGUAGAUCUACAAAUAUUUAUAACGUUGUAUUGACAAGUGAACCUAGUGUGUUUAGUGGCCUUAGCUCCUUACAGUCUCUUAGCUUAGUGAUAGAGCAUCUGGAGGGGCAUCACGAGCCUCAGCGCUCCGAAGUUAAAAAAUUCGUACCAUGUGGUUGCUAUGAAGUGACGUAAUCAUCCAGUGGAGUAUCCAUCACCGUAACACUUUUGCGGUCAACUGCCGCAGCGCUCAUAAAGUACUUCAAUUAAAACCGUGUUCAAAACCCUGUAGGAAGUCUGUUUAUUUUUGAGUCGAUUAAUGCACUGCUGACUUUCACGAGGUCAACUUUUGCAUAAAUUGUCAAACAUUAUGUUAAGCGGGAAAUCUACCUAUGGUUCGCGGGAGAAGCAACUUCUAUAGCAGCGCAAGACAAAUGCUUCGAGAGUCGAGGAUGUGCUCACAAACUAUUCACUAUGCGAUGAAAGGAGAAAUCACUGGCAUGAUAGCUGCAUGUAAUGGUAAUUUUAUCAAUCCAGGUCGUGCCAUGUUCGCUCGAGAACGCUGUGACAACCUCGUUUGGCACGCUUCUCAAUACUUCCAAAACAUGUUGUAAUCGGUAAGUAGACUUAAGCACUUAGUACCACCAAGCCAUUCGAAUCAGUGUAUACCCAAUUCUUUGUCUGAAGAUUCUCGCAAACACACAUACCAAGUAAAUCUGGAUGGAAGAGGAAAUUGUCUUCCUAAACGCAGCCAGAUGAUAUUUUAAAGGAUGGUGGCACAAUUCAACGUGUCUUCCAGGUCAGCCCUAAUUUAUAGUUUGUAAGAGUAUAAAUUGCGAUCUCCCUAUUUUCGCUUAAGCUUUCUUUGAUUAAACUUCAGUAGAAACAAAACAACGCAGACAUAACAUUCUCCUGCAUGAGACACGAUCGGCUAAAGGAAAUAUCUGUUUACAAGUCGGGUAAAUUAUCCAUUCUUGUGCACCGCAAAAUCAGCUAAAAUCAGUCGCUGGAAACCUGGCAUAUUAUUAAGCCUGAGCGCUUCUAAGAAUAACACGUUUAGAACUUUGAUGCGUAGAAAAAAAAAGGCAGUUGUUCUAUAUCCUUUCUGGUUCAUCCAGGUAGAAGUCCUGGCAUGAUAUCAUUGUGCCUGAGCGCUUCUAGGAUAUAUAACACGUUUAACAUUUCGACCCGUAGCUGUAAAAGAAAAAAAUUAGGCAGUUGUUCUAUAUCCUUUCUGGUUCAUCCAGGUAGAAGUCCUGGAAUAUUAUUAUGCUUGAGCGCUUCUAGGAUGUAUAACACGUUUAGCAUUUCAACCCGUAGCCGCAAAAAAAAAAAAAAAAAUUAGGUAGUUGUUCUAUAUCCUUUCUGGUUCGUCCAGGUAGAAGUCCUGGCAUAUUAUUAUGCCUGAGCGUUUCUAGGAUAUAUAACACGUUUAGCAUUUCAACCCGUAGCAGUAAAAGAAAUUAGGCAGUUGUUCUAUAUCCUUUCUGGUUCAUCCAGGUAGAAGUCCUGGCAUGAUAUCAUUAUGCCUGAGCGCUUCUAGGAUAUAUAACACGUUUAGCAUUUCCACCCGUAGCCGUAAAAAAAAAUUAGGCAGUUGUUCUAUAUCCUUUCUGGUUCAUCCAGGUAGAAGUCCUGGCAUAUUAUUUUGCCUGAGCGCUUCUAGGAUAUAUAAUACGUUUAUCAUUUCGACCCGUAUCCUUAAAAAAGAAUUAGGCAGUUGUUCUAUAUCCUUUCUGGUUCAUCCAGGUAGAAGUCCUGGCAUAUUAUUAUGCCUGAGCGCUUCUAGGAUAUAUAACACGUUUAGCAUUUCGACCCGUAGCCAUAAAAAAAAGAUUAGGCAGUUGUUCUAUAUCCUUUCUGAUUCAUCCAGGUAGAAGUCCUGGCAUAUUAUUAUGCCUGAGCGCUCCUAGGAUAUAUAACACAUUUAGCAUUUCGACCCGUAGCCUUAAAAAAAUAAUUAGGCAGUUGUUCUAUAUCCUUUCUGGUUCAUCCAGGUAGAAGUCCUGGCAUGAUAUCAUUAUGCCUGAGCGCUUCUAGGAUAUAUAACAUGUUUAGCAUUUCAACCCAUAGCCAUAAAAAAAAAGUAGGCAGUUGUUCUAUAUCCUUUCUGAUUCAUCCAGGUAGAAGUCCUGGCAUAUUAUUAUGCCUGAGCGCUUCUAGGAUAUAAAACACGUUUAGCAUUUCGACCCGUAGCCUUAAAAAAAUAAUUAGGCAGUUGUUCUAUAUCCUUUCUGGUUCAUCCAGGUAGAAGUCCUGGCAUAUGACACAUUUAGCAUUUCGACCCGUAGCCUUAAAAAAAUAAUUAGGCAGUUGUUCUAUAUCCUUUCUGGUUCAUCCAGGUAGAAGUCCUGGCAUAUGACACAUUUAGCAUUUCGACCCGUAGCCUUAAAAAAAAAAUAAUUAGGCAGUUGUUCUAUAUCCUUUCUGGUUCAUCCAGGUAGAAGUCCUGGCAUAUGACACAUUUAGCAUUUCGACCCGUAGCCUUAAAAAAAUAAUUAGGCAGUUGUUCUAUAUCCUUUCUGGUUCAUCCAGGUAGAAGUCCUGGCAUAUGACACAUUUAGCAUUUCGACCCGUAGCCUUAAAAAAAAAAUAAUUAGGCAGUUGUUCUAUAUCCUUUCUGGUUCAUCCAGGUAGAAGUCCUGGCAUAUGACACAUUUAGCAUUUCGACCCGUAGCCUUAAAAAAAAAAUAAUUAGGCAGUUGUUCUAUAUCCUUUCUGGUUCAUCCAGGUAGAAGUCCUGGCAUGAUAUCAUUAUGCUUGAGCGCUCCUAGGAUAUAUAACACGUUUAGCAUUUCAACCCGUAGCCGUAUAAAAAUUAGGCAGUUGUUCUAUAUCCUUUCUUGUUCAUCCAGUUUGAAGUCCUGGCAUAUUAUUAUGCCUGUAGUGAGCGCUUCUAGGAUAUAUAGUAGCAGUUUGACCCGUAGAAAAAACAAACUUAGCCGUUCUUUUUGUAGGAGAUAUUUAAGCGUUUUUGUCUGUGUUAGCAAUGUGAUCGACUUAAUACGCGGAAUUUAAUAAUAUGAUUUUUUCUUUGACGGCACUGAAUAAUUUUAGCUGAAACCUGAGCCGUACAUUUGUUGAAUGCCGCGCUUUUAAUUAAAUUUCUUGCCCUAGAAUGAUGACAUGAUGGCACGAAAAUUGACGCCUCUAUCAUAUUAGAUGCGAAAUAUGAUCAGAGAUAAAUGGAAUAGUGAAUGUUACAAGCUUCUGAGUAUCCAGCUGAGAUAGGGGACUUUUAGUCCCCUAUCUCAGCUAGAUAGACAAAAUUGUUUUGGUUGCUAAGACGGUGCGGCUCGUUAUGACAUGAGGGCUUACCGUAUUGCAGUAUCAUUUAGCCCUGCAGUGUGCCCUGCAGUGUGCCAUCCUUUUGGCUAGCAACAUUCGGUACAAGAACAUCCUUCAUGGUAUUGCGGUACUGUUCAUUGUGCUCUUCUGUCUAAUGUAUGUCAGUAUUCAGUGCCAGAUCCAGACCUUGAGAUAAGGAAGGGGGCAGGGGGGCGGGGCGUCAUCCAGACCUUUAGAUAAGGCAGGGGCCCGGUCUCCCCAAAAAAUUUUUUCAGCCCUUCAGGCCUCAGUCUGGUCCAAAAAUAAGGGGGAAGGGCCCCUCCCCUGCUAAUGGUAAAUGGUUACACAAUUUCUGACCGUUAACCUAUGAUGAAAUUGGUAUGGCAUCCUUUUUGAUUGUUGUACCGAUCAAUUUGAGGUCUUAUAAGCUUUCCUCGCAACAAACAAAUGCGAGAUGGGUACGUUUUAAAGUACAUUUAAGCGUGUAUUUCGUCAAUUUUUGUCACGGCAUUACGGAAUCACGCCUGUAGAAACGCAUUGCUAGUAAAUGCAAAUUUUUGUCAAUCAAAUGUCUCCUAUUAUUUGUAGGUGGAUAUUGGUGAAACAUUGUUAUUGUUUCGGAGACAAUAGAAGAACAAAAGAUAUCAGAAAGAUCAAGUUAUGUGGUCUUAAAGCGUGUUUCGGGACUUUAAUCAGUUGGAGCACUUCUCAUAACUUUCCCGCAUUAAAACGUUGGAAUGACAAGUCUGAAGCUUAGCCUAUAAAAUCUUGAUAGCCAAAAUAAAAAGGGUGCCUAUAAAAGGCAAGUAUCUGGGAAUUGAAAAUCAACAUUUUUGUCUCUAGCGAAAUCUGGCAGAUGAAAAGUAAUUUGCAUAUAAGUGUUUAUAAGUGAAGCGAAAUAGAUACGUAUUGCCAUGGUUGUAAACGCAACGUUUCCUCGAAGUUUUUUUCCUUUUGAAAGUGUAUUCGCAUGAAAGAACUCAGCUUGCACAAAUUACAUAUAAUAUAAAAUGAAACGAAGCAAAUCGAAAAGUGCCAAAAAAGUAAGGAUAUUUCACUUCAAUGGAAAGUAAGUGAUUGGGUAGGUGAUUUGCAUACUGAUAAAAACAACUUCUAGUGCAGUUCAAAACCUUUAAAUUUCGACUUCCUGAUUGUUUUUCUGGCAUUCUAUACAUUCUGCUGGCCUAAAACGUUAAAAUAUCUUAUGAAGUCAAAAUAUUUAUCAAGUUGAGCGUUUGCAUUUCCUCAUAAAACAGAGAGUAGCCUGAAAGCUUCUAUCUAUUGAUUUUCUAAACUUAAAUUACCUUUUUAUCGUAAAAACAAUACGCUAACACUUGAGUCUUGAAUCAAAGGAUGCGACAUGCGUCGGCUUCCUUUGUGAGCGCGCAAAUAGUCAUGGGACUCACGAUUUUGCGGGCGACACGGAUCUACAGGUGCCGUUCCAUAAUGUAAUUUGGUAUUUGCCAAUUUUUCUCACAGUAUUGCAGUGUUGGGUACAGUACCCCCAAUGUCCCCCUCCACAAGGACUAGUAACCAGGCUCCAGUUGUUUUUAAAAGGUGGAUAGCGCAAUUGGCUCCCCUAAUAUUUAUCCAGUGGAUAGCGCUAGAUCCAGCAUUUGAACAACUGGGGCCAGAAGGUCAUAGGUUCGACUCCUAUUGGGUGUAUUCUGAUUUUUUCUUCUAAGCCCUCUUUGUUACUGACUGAAUAAACAUCCGUAUCGUGUAAACACCAGUGAAAUACCAGGUGAGCUUUCUCGCAAAAACAUGAUAUCUUCACACAUGAAAAUAACAUGUUAUCAUUGCAUGUGAAAGGUCACUGUUCCUGUGGCUACAUGAUAGAUCGCACCUUUCAUGUAGUAAAAAAACUAUUUUAUUGGUGUUUGUAGAAUAAAUUAAUAGAACAUUACAAUCAUGGUUGCUUGGAGAUACGAAAUUUAUCUUCUUGUGUUGUAAAAUAUUUUACCCAUUUGCUGCUCUCACUCGUGAAAUAUUAUUCAACACUCAAAGAGAAAUUUUGUAUCUCUGUGCUGCCAUGUAAUAUCCUCUAUUUCUCACAUCGCAGUAACCUUAAUGUAACAUUUUUCUCCUUAUAAGGAUGUCGUCACAAAGCUUCAGUUGCCGCUCAUGGAGAUGCUGCGCUAUCCAUAUUUUUUACAUCAUAAAGAACUUGCUACAUUGUUUGUUGAAGGACUGAUUACCCUUAACAAGUGUGAAAGCCCUCUUAAGUUAGAAGAGAAGCUACCUGGUACAUACCUCCUCUUGGUUCACCCUGAUGCUGAGGUAUAUAGCUGUGCACAUAUAAAAUAGACAGCAAUUUUCCAUCAUCUUUACAAACAUUUGUUCUUACAGACCAUAGCAAUGACGUUGAAAUGUUGAAAACUUGUGUGGAAUGGCAAGUGAUUUCCCUGCAAAGUUUUGAACAUUUUGACAUAAUUUCUGUGGUCUGUAGUGUGUAUAACAUGGAAAAUUGUGACAUCUGUUUUAGUGCCUGUUUUGCCGUGAAACGAUUAUUGUUUUGAAAAAAAACGCGCAAGAGACAGAGAAAAACAAUUUUUGCCAUCAUGGCUCCAAUUCCAUAGGCUUAUAGCCCUUGACCACUGAGCAAGCCAGAAGUCACUCACAUAUGGUAAAGUAAAAAAGUUUUCUCUUGCUGAUAGCUCUCACGUUGAAGUUUUAUGUUAUCAUUAUUUUGUGCAAAUUUUAUAUUGUUUUCUCUUGUUGUUGUUGUCGUUGUUGUACUUGAAAUGUAUGAUAAUGAGUUUUUAAACAAAGGGGAAAAAACUAUGAUACAAUUGAACCACAACAUAGUCAUGUAUAUGGCAUUUGCUGUUUUUCAGGUACGUGGAUGGGCCAUUGCAAGUGUCAGAGACUCAGGGCUUCUCAAUCCAGAUGAUUAUGACUUUUUAGCUGAGGUCAUAGGGUGGAUGAUGAAUGUUGUUCAAUUCAACUUGUUUGAAAACAUUUACUCUUUAAUACAACAGAAUGAUGCAGAUAGAGAAUUGCCUUUUGAUUUUCUGCCUCCUCAUCUGUUUAUGGAACUUGAUAAAAGAUUUUACUGGCAGAGUUUGUUUGUGCUGAUACGGCAAAUGGAUGUUUCAACUGUGCAGACAUGUUUUAUGACUUCCCAGCCUGGGCAUGAUGAGCUUUUGACAACAAUUCUAUUGUCCAUGGAAGAGCAAGGUAAUAAUUUCUUUUUGAUAAUAUUACAACCCCUUUAUUAUGCUCUGGUUCAAUUCUAUCUUCAUUGUCUUGGGUGUGAUAAUCAGGGCUUCUGAUAUUUCACAAGGUCGCGGAGCCACGAAAUUCAGGUAAAUCUGCGAAAUCCUGCGGAAUUCACAAAAACACAUGAAAUACCGCAAAAUUUGCUAGAAAUCAUAUUGGGGCUAUUGGGGCUGUUUUCUUGCUGUAAACUUGCAAAUUUAUCUUGAAACUUUGUCAAAGAAACUAGCAACAAUGUCCCAAAACUACCAGGCAUAGAUUAUGCUGCGAAAAACUGGGCACUAUAAGCCAUGAUAUAAAAAGCUUUGACUUUGGCUCAUUUCUCGACGGUAUUGUUGUUGAAAGAGCAAGUGAUUAAAAUCAAAAAUUUGUUCAGAAAAUUCCCACAAAAUCGGCCAUAUUUUUUCGAUUGUUUCUCAGCAGAAUUUACCUCAAAAAAUCGUGCGCAAUUGGCUGAUCUUUCUGCCAAUUUGUCCCAACAAAAUCCUGCGAAAUUUGACAUUUUUUCCCCGCAAGUUAUCAAAAGCCCUGGAUAAUGUACAGCAAGAUAAUUUGUUGGAAGGAUAAAAAUUUGAAUCACACAUGUACUUCACUGAAGUCCAUGAACAUGCUCUUUUGUAAGGGCGUAAGUUCUAGGGUCUAACAAUAAUUAUUAUAUUUUGCUUUUGUUCGGACAUUAACAACAAAUUUCAAGCUGAACAUCAUGUAGUUAUAGCUGAUUCAAUGAAGGUUGCUUUCAUGGGCGUUGGGAAUUGCAUGCCGUGAACCUGUUGUUUGGUGGUCACUUAUGCAAAUCAUUGCAGUGAACGCCCAAAUGCUCAAUGCACAACUGCCAAAGCAAUCUUUACUGAAUUACAUAUAUAAUUAAGUUCCGAGUAUUUUAAAAUGUUUGGGAUACUGGCACUUUAAGAAUUUAGGAACUCUCUACACAUGAGUAGUAAUUAUGUCUUUACACUAGUCCAAAACUGUGCAGAAUAUAUUUUUGGUGGUUUAGAUAGAUUCACAAAUUUCUUUGGACAGAAAUGAGAAAGUAAGAUUAUAAUAUGGUUUACAAGUGUCAUUGCUUUCAUACUUCAAAAUAUCCUCACUGUCACUGAAUUUUCUUCUAUAUAAGUUGUCCAUACCGGCUGUCUUGAAGCCAUUGGCUGCUGGAAAAUGUAUUGACAUUGUUUGAUUCAAUGUUUCAUUAAUGUUAUGUGUUGUAACUUAACUACCAUAAGCUCAUAAGCUCCCCUGCCCCCAUCCCCCACCAGUUGUAGGCCCAUCUACCUGUGAACAUAAAAUACGUCCAGUUAUAAGAACCUCUGCUGUAAGUCCCCCUCUAGCUUGUAUUUGUAUGAAUUUCAUUUUUCACGACGUUUUGAAACGGUUAAAUUCAAAAAGUAUUUUGAACAGCACUGCUAUGUAGCUUCUUUUGAAAUGCUUUUUUAUAAGCCCUCCUAAACCCCUUCUGAAGUUGUAUAAGUUCAGGGCUUAUAAGUGGACAUUUACGAUAUAAUAUACAUACUGUAUAAAAUUUCCUUUUUUUUCCUUCAGACAAAUCACCAUUUUGGCCGAUGUUACAAUGCUUUGUUCUUCUCCUUGAGCGGCUUGGCAGCAGAAUCUGGCAAAUGCCAAAAUUUAACUACAUGCCAACUAAUGUUUUCAGGAUCAUAACUGAAAACUGGAUUUACAGUGAUUCCAUUACACAGUGGCAGCAUGGCAGUGAAACACCUAACAGGGACUGGAAAGAUUCUAACAGAACAAGGACACUGUCAUCUUCAUCAAGUAAAAUUUACAAAACUGCUGUGGCUUGGUUUGAUCCCUUUGUGAAGUCUUUUCUUGACUUUGAUUCGGGUGGAGAGAUCGUGUCCAAGGUGGUCAGGUAUCUUCAUGAUGUAGCAGGUAAUUGUUAUUUGCUUCAAACUCUCACACCCAAAUUCCACCCUCUCCUCCCAUGGUGUGUGGAUGAGAAGUUAACCACAGACUGCUAUGGAACAAACCCCGGGGGGAGUACUCCCUAAAAUUUGUCGUAUGGGGAGGCCCCCCUCAAAGGGGUACUUUCUUCAGGCUCAAGGUUUAUGAGGUUGAGGAUUUCACGGGUUUAAGUUUAUGAAAGGUUAGGGAAAUUGGUCAUUUCAGUGUGUACACUGUACAUGAAAGGACCUAAAGGGGCUGACGGAAAAUAUGGCUGUGAAAAAGUCGAAAGAAAGACCCUGUUUUGUGAUUUAUUCAUAAAAGACUGCAUUUACAGCAGUGAAAAGGGAUGCAAAGUUCUAAGCAAGGUUUGUGAGUGGGGUACAAUUUCUUUCAAAAACGGUAUAAAAUUAUAAAAGCGUAAGAGGUUGGACCUUGGGGGGGGAGUCAUGUCGAGCCUCCCUGUAUAAAACUUUGUUUAGUACCCCCCCCCCCAAAGCCUUACACGGGAACAAAACCAUGUAGUGGUAAGCAUGAAAGUCAAACCGAUUACAGUUCUGCUCCAUGGUUUACCCUUUCAGUCACCCCUGGCUCUCUGUUUGUGGAAAAUGAAAACGGAAAAUGUAUAAUUUUCCCCUCUCUGGAAGGUUGGUUAAUGUCCUUAUUCCACUGCAGAUCGCUGUUCACCUGGAAGUUCAUUCAGACAUGAAGUUUUGUCGCACUUUGUGAGAAUUGUCAACGAUUUGUUAAAUAAACGCUUGUUUUCACUUCUGGUACCCACUGUUCGUCUUUGGGCCACAGAUGUGGUGGAUGUUGCCAUCUCAGUCAACGGAUCUGUAGACAAGAAGGUAAUGUAAAUAUAAUGCACAAUUUACCGUAUUUCCUGGAGCAAUAACGGGGGGUAAUUAUUUUUUUUCACACCUAAAGGGGGCAAUAAUUCGAGGGAAGGCGAUUAUUUGACAGAAGGCAAUUAUUUCAAAUAUUGCUCUCUGGAGGUCGUGCCAUAAAAUAAUAUUUUGCUUUAUUAUCCCAUUAAAUCCAAAAAAAAUCACAUCAAAUAAUCUGAAUAUGAGCUUUAUAAGUGUUAGAAAUUUGGUUCCGUGAUGAAUUUUCAAUGUCAGUAUCCUCAGCAUCAAAGCUUGAAUCGUUACUGAUCAUUUUUGCUGGAUCAGACUCCAGAAGAUGGCAAGAGAGGUUGGGGGGUGAUAAUUUGAGGGCAGGCGAUUAUUUGAAAGAAGGCUAUUAUUUCAAAUAUUGUUUACUGGAAGUCGUGCCCUAAAUAUUUUGUUUUAUUAUCCCAUUAAAUCCAAAAAUAAUCACAUCAAAUGAUUUGAAUAUGGGCUUUAUAAGUGUUAGAAAUUUGGUUCCGUGAUGAAUUUUCAAUGUCAUUGUCCUCAGCAUUACAGCUUGAUUCGUUACUGAUCAUUUUUGCUGGACCAGACUCCAGAAGAUGGCAAGAGAGGUUGGGGGCUGAUUAUUAAAGGGAGGCGAUUAUUUUUUAAUAUUUCCGUCAAAGGGGGGUGAUUCUUCGAGGGAGGCGAUUAAUCGAGGGACGGCUUUUAUUCAAGGAAAUGUGGUAUGAAUUUUUUAUUACCUGCCUUCCAUAAUUUUCUUGGUAACUUUGGGUGAAACAAGUUCUUACUGAAUUUGUUGGAUUUUUCGAGAAUUGCAUAAUGGGACAUAGAGGUGCAUUUAAAAAAUCGUAUCAGUGACUGUAGUAUUUUAUUAGAGACGUUUAGAUUCUGGGACGAGAACGACUACGAGUACAAGAUUUCACUCUUAAAGUUUUUUCGCGUAUUAACAAAUUAUAGACACCCUGGAAAGAUUCAUUGCACUUCUUUUUCACCCAAAAAUUAGCACUGAUAUCUUAACUGAAAGAGCUUAAGCCAUCUCCCGACCGCAAAAUAAUAAAACCUCUAACACUUUAUAACAUGUUUCCGUUAUCUCGACAUUCUCAGUAAAACACGUAGUUGAGUGACGAAGGCUACCACGUUUUCCCGCCAAAAUGAUGCUGGUUCAUUCGCAAGCAGUACUUAUUAUUGAGAAAAUCACAUACUCGUAGUCAUACUCGUCUCAGAAUCUAAAGGUCUCUAAUGUCCAAAUGCAAGGUGGUCAGACUACAUUGGUGUAUAUGUGUGUAAAAUUUUGCAAUGUAGGUUGUAGAGGUGAGUCAACGACUGCUUCAGGGACUCUUGAAGGACUGUCAUCGAAAGGGAUACAAGAAUGCUUUAAAGUACAGGGACAUGUUCCAACUAUCAGGACCAAAGUUUCUAUCUUCGGAUGAUAAACAGCAAAUUAUUUUACUUCUUGUUCAGAAUUUUGAGGUACUGAGCUUUCCUUACUUGUAUUUGUGGAGCAUGGCUUCCCCAAGUGUGGUUCCUAUCUUUUUCACAAUAUAUGAUCAUAAGCAGCGUACAUAGUAAAAAGAAUAGAAAGUCUAUUAUUGUGCCCUGUUCGUGUUUGUGAGCCAUUUUGUAGAAUGUGUUCGAAAGUACAACGGAACCCUGAUGCAGGGUGCGAAGAAAGUCGGUUUUACAGCUUGCCAUUCGGGCAAGUUGUUGCUAGUAUGUACUGGCCCAAGAGUCUUUUAAGUAGCCCAAAAAAAUUUUUGAUGAGCAGCAUUGAUUACAGAUCUUCUGUAAUUUGAAGUUCUCCAAGACGUUCACUUGCCCUUCCGGCAAGUGAAAAACGUGAUUCACUAGCCCGAUUGCAAAAUCCAUUAGCCCCGAGCUCCCGGACACGACUUUCUUUGCACGCUGCCCUGAUGCAAUAAGUUACCAAGGGACUAAGAACUCAUUUUGUACUGCACAGUCAUUUGUUAUUGUAGCUUUAGAAAAGAACGUCAUUUGUUAUACCGGGUAUGUUGCCAUAAGGGCCAGGGUUUGCAAAUUUUAUUGAUGAGUGGAGUCAGUGUGACUUCUGCUUCACAAAUUUUGGAGUCAUUUUGGAAUAUUUGGAGUCAAGUAUCAGACUUUCCAGCGCGUGGUCCCGGCAUGUAUACACUAUAGUGACGGAUAAACGAAGUAGCUGUGGCGGCACAGGUAGCCCGAGCUCGAAAUAUGAGCAUCGGCAUUGUUGCGUAACAUUCAAAAUAUAAGGAUUUGUAUGGGAAAAAAACCUAUCGUUUCCGUAACCUACGAAAAUGAAAGGAUUUCAAUAAAAAACAGCUUACCUUACUUAAAAUGCGUGUUACGUCUCUCUAUAAAAAGGUUUACCGGUAAACCUUUAUAUGGAGAGAAAACCGUUUACAUAAAAACCCAUAAAACGGCCAUAAAUCGGCCCGUGGACCACACAGAAUAGACGUAACACACAUUUUAAGUAAGGUAAGCUGUUUUUUAUUGAAAUCCUUUAAUUUUCAUAGGUUACAGAAACGAUAGGUUUUCUUCUCAUACAAACCCUUAUAUUUUGAAUGUUACGCAACUAUACCGAUGCUCGCCGAUGCUCAUAUUUCGAGCUUGGGCUACCUGUGGUGGCAGUCCGCUGACCUGGAAAGCUCAAAUCGAUGAUGGCGGUCAUCGAGUAAACUUUGAUCGUAAUUUACCCUCUUCCUGUUUUGUCGUGCAGUAUAAUUCGUUAAUUUCGAUGAUUUAAUUCAGCUUUACAACAUUUACGAUUAACGUAAAUUGUAUUAGUUGCGAAAAAGGUAAGGACAAAACUGUGUUUGUUACCGAAAAUUUCUGGAGUCAAAGUCGCUCCCUGUUUAUUACUGAAAAUUUUUGGAGUUGAAGUGACUCCCUCCGUAACCUCAGUGGAGUCAUCUGAACAAUUUUGACGUAAAAUACGCCAAAUUUGGCGUAUUUGCGAACCCUGUCAUGAUAAGGGGUUCACUGUGGUAGUGUAUAAAGUACUUCCAUGAAUCUGAUUAGCCAGUGUCAUAGAUAUGUACUUUAUUCUCCAUUUUAUACUACUACAUGAGAAAUUUCUGCAAUUUGAUUGGCUUAGAGCAUUGGUUUUCAGCUUGAUUUGAAGUACCUACCUGUGAAAACUACAAACCUUUUGUGGGUAGUAGUAUAAACAAAUUAUAGCAUGAUUUGUACGUGAUGUUUGGCAUAAAUAUCACUCGUGAUAUUUCAAAAUUGUCUCAAAUUUCACUCGCCUGACGGCUCCUGAAAUUACGUAUAACAAUUUUGAAAUAUCACUCGUGGAUUUAUGACAAAUAUCACUACAAAUCAUGCUAUUACCUAUACAAAUAAUCCAACUCCAUGAUGCAUUACGUCUCCCUGUUCUUAGUUUGAAGAAUACAGUCAAACCUCCGCUAAGGCCACCUCUCUACAAUGGCCACUGUUUUCGUCCUGGCGGCAAAAAAAUCGAGACAUUGACUCUUGUUUAAAAUCUCUCUAGAACUGCCACCUCUUUGCAACGGCCGCUGCUUUCUCCUGUCCCCAAGGUGGCCGUUGUAGAGAGGUUCAACUGUAUUUGGUGAAAGACAUCAGCAUAGGGGAUACACCUAGAAAGAUGUGACAGUUUAUACACUCCAGUAAGCUCAUUUAUAGAAUGUACAUGCAGCCAGCUGCGUAGUAAAUAGACUUGUACUUAAGAAAUAAGCUUAUGAAAUAUAUAUGUUAGUCGGUCGCAUACAGUAAAAUUUUAUUCUGUUGCAGACUCAAGAAAUGCCAUUUUCCCGCCAACCUGGUUUGCGGAGUAUCUCAAAAUCAUCUUACGAACUUCAAGUGCUCAAAGAAUGCAAUGCUGAAUCACUUAUGAGCCACGUUAACAAUGGAGAGCUGCAGAUGCAAAGUACCCUAGCUUUUGACAAAAUGCCAGUAGACAAAGAAAACCAGAAAAGAACUUUUACCAGUGUUAACCAAGAAACUAUUCGGACGAAUAGGCGUCCAUAUGAGACUUCAGCGGGAAAAGCAACCCUUGAAGGCCAUGAAAAAGACUCAGCUGUCAAGUACCAAACAAAGUUUGAUAAAGGGAAAGUAGCUGAGGCUAGAUCUACCACGUUAAGUACACUCAACGACCAACGAAGAAAAAAAAAGAUCGAUUCCUCCGUGGGUUCUUCGAGAAUGGCCGGUCCGUGUGGGACUUCAUCGCAAAAAUCAGCCGUGAAAGCCCAUGAAGAAGAAGCAGUUAUCAAGCGCCAAAUAAGUGUUGACAAAGGAAAUAAAGUUCAGGGAAGGCCUGAUACGUUAAGGACACCUGGUGAUCAACCGAGAAAAAGGAAGAUUGAUUCCAUGGUGCGUUCAUGGGGAAAGGCUGGUCCUAGCACUCGGGUGUCUGAUGACGAGGGGGAGAAUGAGGUGGAGAAGGAAGAUGAUGAUGACCAGGAAGGUUAUUGGACAUAUUUCAAACGACGAAAGAAAUCGAAGCAACAUCACACUUUUGGAAAUGUGAAAAUGUAAGAUUUGAGGUUAAACAUGAGUCUUCCCUAAAUAGCCAGUGUAAAUAUGGCAUUCUUCCAAUAAACAUUUCAAUUAAUUCCCAUUCCAUUGGGGUGUUUGGCUUUUUGGAGUUUUUGGAGCAUACAUGAGUGAUCGACGAAAUUUGUGUUUCCCAUAAUCAAAUACGCCUUGAAAACAAGGUGUCACAAUAUUUACUGCUUUAAAUAUGCUAUGAGAAAAAUCUUUGUUCGGUCAAAACCUUUUUCCAUAAUUUUUGUACCUGGUGUCUUAUCACAGAUACCCUUUCAAAGACCGUCACCUUUGGGAACUCCAACGGCAUUAAUUGUUCGUCUUGAAAAGAUGUCCACAUUGUAGAGAGCCAAAGAAAUGACCUGACAAACGACGGGAACCAAUUUUAGUUGUCCGUAGAUGCAGAAAGAGUGGACUGUGGUCAAUAAACUGAAGACUUCGAACAAACUUUGCAUGUUUUACAAACGUUUGUAGCGUUUAUGGUAUAGCUGUGGAUACCCUUUUGAAAAAUACUGAUGUUGAAGCUUUUCUUUUCAGCUCAGAGAAGUCGAAUUUGCUGAUGAAAGGGAAACCCUUGCGACUUAAGAUUUUGUUGCAUGACAUUGGAAAACAAGUGAAAGAAAAGAAGUUUUUGAGAGGGCGAAAUAGGGGUACCUGCACCGUUUCAACUAGCAAGAAACCGAGUGCUACAGACAAAAAGAUUCAAAAGACAGGCAUAAAAAGACCACUUAAGCCUAAGGCAAAAUACACAGCGAGGAAGUCAGCCGGCAGUGUAAAGAAGCGUCCACCCAGCCAGCGAAAACAAGGUAAGUUCAGCAAGAUAAAAAUGUAAGACGCAAAGGAAUCGAUCUUCUCCUGGCCUUGGUAUAAGUUAGUUGUAUGAAGACCAAUUGCGCUAUCCACCUUUUGAACACUUGGAGCUUGGUUGUUACUGUUAAGGAGUGGAGAGCGAGUGACCAACUAUGGUGACGACCACCUUUGUGAAACCCCGUUUGAAAUGUCACUUAAACUUUGUAAUGAAAAGCUCUUGUCAAUAACCAUGACAACCAUGACCACUAUUGGGAUUUCCCAACUGGAGUUUCCUUUGUUUUUAAGCUCUUGUAAGGAGCAACCACUCAGAGUCUUAUUCACAUUAAUCAACAGUUCAAUGAACCGGCAAACUGCGCUGAUGGUUCCUUGAUAAAGAUCUUGGGGUUAUUUUAGUCUAAAAAAUUGUGCGCAAAGUUUAGCCAUGUCUAUAUCAGGUGUUCACACUCAUUAAACAUUUAUUUCUUUUGUUUUUCUUUAGGGAUUUUUAAUGAUGAGUUUCUGAAGCUCUUGUGAGCGACCACCCUCUAUGCGGUUACUUAUGAGGGCUUAUUCCUUGUAAGCGACCAGCUCUAGUUACGAACACUUUUUCGAAUUUCUGAGGUGGUCGCUUACGAGAGCUUCGGCUGUACUCACUAAAAGUCAAUGUUAUUUAGUUUCUGAAGUUUCAAGUGAUCCAUCUGAUUUUCUUACACUUUAAGUCGUCCUGGUUGUGAUGACUGACUUUCAGCUGCUUUCCUAAUCUAAUUCCAGAAUAAUUUGUAGUAUUUUACCUUGUCUAACACUUAUAGGUUCAUGCAUUGUUCACCUCAAAUGACUUGACCUGACUUGUAACCGUGUUCGUUAGAGCGAUAGUCAACCCAUAAGUCUUCAUUAUUUGAUAUUUUAACAUUUUUGUUAAUUUUAAUCUUCUUGAGAACGGCGUCAUUAUGGCGCCAUAAUGUUGUCAUUCACUCAUUUUUGCUAUAGUAAAACGUCUGUUGAUAAAAAAUCUCCUCGCUUUCCCUUAUCUUAAAUUUUUUGUGUGUUCAAACUGCAACAGAGUUGAAUGACGUCACAUUUUUCUCAAUGAUCGCGCAGUGUUAGUAAACGUUUUAGCUGAACAUCAACGCUAAAUUCGUUUAUUUUUCAAUUAGUGUUUGUUAUCCUAUCAAUGACAAACACGAUAACCAUCUUCUUUGUUGUCCUUGUAAUUUUCCACCUAUCUAAAGUACGUAAAACAUAUUGAACCUUGUGGAUACUAUUUUACAUCCAUGUUUUGUUUUGCCUAGGUGCCACGGCAGCAGAUCCAAUAGUUGUAUCUGAUGAAGAAGAUAGUGCACUGGCAAUGCUCGAGGAGAAAAGGACAUUCUCCAAAGGAGACAAAGAUCCUGUAACUGAAAAUCAUUUUUUUGAAGACGAUGAAGAAAGCGUUGAUGAUGCUCUACUUCAAAUGAUGGAUACAUACGAAGCGGAGAAAGAGGCAAAAGUGUCAGGUAGUCUAAAUGCUACUCUUAGUAAUUCUUCCUUGGAUGCUACGUCUUCUAGUGAGACCGACUGUUCAGAAGGUGCAUUUAAAUCCCUUGUGAAACAAGAAUUUUCAAUUUCAUCAGCCGUUGCUCCUCAAGACAAACCUUCGCCUACAGCUGUAAAGGUUAAACACACUGCAAAAGGUUGUCGUUCUGAUGAAAGAGUGGAGACUUUCACCAGUGUUUUUUAUCCGCCUAAUGUAAAGGCUGAACUCAUUGAGACUGACAGGGACACCAUAUUAUAUCCUGAAUUAAGGGGAGAGCAAUUGAGUGUUCAUGAUGAUAAACGUUCUGGAAGUAAAGAUGAGGCGGAGGAGGACAGUUUGUUCAUACAACAGGAUUCACAGUGUCCUUCAAUGAGCGAGUCCAUGGUACAAGAUGAACCAAAUGACCGAGGAGAUAUUAAUCUAUCAUCAAUAAGUAACCGACUUGAAAACGCCACCAUUGAUGAUGGGACAAACUUUUGGGACGAUUUCUGUGACUACAGCGAACUAGUAUUAGGUUCUCAAGAGAAUGCUUUAGUAAGCAUAGAGGAUGAUCUUGAAGAUGUGUAUAGUACACAGACUCAGGAUAAUCAAGAGAACAGUAUCGUUUUCUUAAAUGAUGAUAACGGACACGAGGCUUAUCAUGAACCUCAUAGCGAUACACUUAGUGGUGAUAUACAAGGGACUGUAUCAGUGUCAAAAGCUGUCAAACGUGUGACAUUUUCUGAUAACACAGCACCAGUUACCACAGCCACGAGUGCCAGCAGAUCAAAUGGUGUGCAGCCUUCUAAGCCAGCUAUCAAAACACCUACUAGAGUACUUAAAGAAGAGCUAUUCUUUCAUGAGAUUCUAAACUGGAAUGUUUCAUGCCUUGGAAACUCAAAAAGGAACAUUAAAUUUGCCAAUUCUUCUCCAAUACCUGAGGGAUUUGAUUCCAUAGACCAGUAUUACGAAACGUUUACACCACUGUUGUUUGUGGAAAUUUUGGAACAGGUAUGUGAGAUGUACAUGUAAAACCAGUUCAAAUACACCCUUCUGUGUGUGUGUUCUGUGUAUCACUGUUGAUUGGGAUCCUUGUGGAAUGAUCAAGGGUAAAUACACUUUGCGGUUUUCAUCUCUUUGUCAGAAAGCUGCCAUUGGUCUCAUAUUUUCCUGAUUGAUUGGAGCCAGAUAACUUUUGAUUCCUUAUGAUUCGUUCUGAAUUCUCUAUUCAUUUUGUGAUAAUUUGAUUUUAUUCUUGCAUAUAAAUCUCCUGGGUUUUUUCGCAACGUUGUCCUUUUGCUUCCAAUACAAAAAUUCAAAUUAAGGGCAGCUAUCGUUCGCUUUUCUUGAUCAACCAGCAUGGCCGCCAACACACUGUUAACUAAUCACUUUGCAUGAUUUUCUUAAUGGCUCGCAACUUGAAGAGUCUUUCCCCUGUUUAAAGCAAAAGCGUGAAUCUCUCACUCAUUGCGAAUGUCUCCACAGGCUAGAAAAGGCUGGGAAGACGUCAACAUUGAUAAGAAGAAGGUGUUUAUGAACGUUUCAGACGGAAGUGCUUCCAAUAACUUAUCAGUUAUUCCAUGUAUUGGAUCCAUUAGCGAGGAUCAACAAAAGAAGGCACUUUUCCCUCUGGAAAGUGACUUGGUUGUGUUGAGACUUGCUGUUAAUGAUGGUAGAGGUAAGGGUUUUUUAUUUCCUUUUCUCAUCUGAGUUAAUGAAUAGUGCAUAUGUACUUUGGGUGCUUCAUUGUAAGCUAUUCAGUCGUCUCAGCACUCCACACGUCCAAACCCACUUCUGUUCAAGAUUAUUAAAUAAAGUAUUGAAAAAUAAAAUAGCUUUCUAGAGAGACCUGUUUACAGUUUUUGUUGUCCGUUGUGUACUUGCCAUUUUAACAGCUUUCUAUGUCACAUAAGCAUGAAAGGUAACCUGUUUUGUCGAUGAAAAGAAAGCAUGAUUUCUUGCAUGGAAGAAAACAAUUUCGACGCACAAGGUGACGCUAUUUAUCUGACGCAUUAAGUUACGCUUCACCUUAAUGCCAUCUAGCACGCCGACGACUAGCGUCGAGGAGAAAAUGAAGCGUGACUUGUUCCAUCAGGAAAAUUAUUUUUUUUGACGUAGCACGUCGCACUUACUUUUCUCACAAACCAGGUCACACUGCACCUUCGUGCUAUGUAGUACGCCAUAGGCCACAAUUACCCCUUUUUUGCAAUUUUUGGGGGGGUUUGGCAAAAAGAAAAUUGAUGAAACGACAAGCAACGACUACCAGCUUAGUAGAGUCUCCUUGUUUGUGAACUGAACCAUACAGUAUUUUGUAUCCGGCCUGAUUUAUCACUUUUCUUACUCAUGAACAUUAGCUUAGAAACUGUAAACACAGCAAUUACUGAAUAAGGCUGAGUAUGAUGUGAAGAAUUAUACAGAUCAAGGAGGGUGUUAUUCCGCGAAUCGAAGGCCGAGGUGGAUACGAGCCUAAUUGUUUGUCACAUCAAUUAUAAUUAUCAUUCGUUACAAAUUUUUCUUCCUUUUCAUUGGCUGACAGCCCACCACGUGACCUGCAAAUAACUGCCUACAAAUGAUGGUCUGUUCAUGCGCAAUGUCAUCCAACUUUGUUUGGCUGCAAAUAAUGUUCUGCUCAUGCGUAAAUGACACCACGCUUUUUCUUGUUGCGAUCGCUCUUACGUGAAAAUGGCAGAUUGCUUCGCUUAUCGAAGAUAUUCCUUCAAAACUCGCUGAUGAAAUGAUAAAACAAUUAAUGAACUCGCUUAUCGCAAAAUAUCGUGAUUUGUCAGUGUCUCGCAGAUCAAUUAUUUGCCGAAGCCGACUACUGACAAAUCACGAUAUUUUGCUCAACCUCGUCCAAUAAUUUUUAUUUGUUUUAUUUUUCUCGGAACAAAAGUCUGUAAAAAUUUUUGUGACAACAAUAUUACUGUAACUGAACAAGAGAAUUAUGGUUUCGAUAACUGUGUUACUUUUAUGACAGGUUCUUACCUGCAGCCCAGAGGUCAGUAUGCCCAGGUAGUAUUCGGUAUUGUGGAGAAAGCUGACGUAAAACCCAUGCAGUAUUCCCGAAGAUUAAGUUUGGACAGCAAUGGAGAAGAUGGUAUACUGUGUAAACGUGAAUAUUAAUGUUGCCUUUGGUACAAAAGUUCCGUAUUUCAGUAAACCUUAUGUCUAUAUAUUUGCUUUUACUUGCAGAUUUGUCAGGUUCCAGAGAGUUUCAGCUUACUCUUGAAAUCAAAACCUCUUCAAAGUUCCGACCUGUACGGGAAAGCUGCAUUCAAGUAGAGUAUGUGACAUCACUGUUAACAGCGAUGAGGCAAUUUUGCGGUUUGAUGCAUUUUAGCAAGAGUCUUCUAGUAUCUGACAUCCUUAAACCACGAAAAGCAGUUUAUUUUUGCUCUGAAGAUUAUCAGCAAUCAUCACUCGUGUCAAAGGUACUACAAAGAAAGCUAAUUUUGUCACCGUCGACCACUUUAGUCUCAGUAAUGAUGAUUACUGCUGUUAUUCUUAUUUGUUUAAUUAUACAAAGGGCCACAGACCUCUGAUGGUAGCGUUAAUAGCUAUUGCGUAAAACGUUCAAAUACGCACUGCCUUCCCCUUUUUCUUUCCCAGAACUUAAUUUCUUUUCCUUCUACUGUUUAUGUCAGAGGCACAAGUACCAAAUAGUUCUCAAAAAAUUAACGCAUUUAUCUUCCUUUAUUGCAGAAGUUCAAUCAGUCUCAGGAGAAAGUCAUCUCCACGGCAGCAAAUGCAAUACAUAAGGAGUUUCCUUUACCUCGUAUAUGUUUAGUACAAGGUCCUCCAGGAACAGGCAAAUCCUUUACAAUUGUGGGUCUUGUUAGGGAGAUAUUAAAUGUAAGUCAAAGUUAAAAACCUGUUUGUUAAAAAAAAUGUGCUGUACCUUGUUCCUUUUGGUUGUCCAAAUUCUCCUGUACACUUUCAGCGUCCCUCUUACACUACUUUUGUCAAUUGCUGCCAAACUGAGUUUAUUUUGAUGGUCGUUUAUUCCGUCUGUAUUUAGUAAGUCACCUGCCUGUUUUCAGUACCGCUUGGACCUAAUCGCGCUCUUGUCAAGUCUUAAAUGCCCUUGAGCAUAUUUAUAUAAACAGUGGUUUGGACAGCUUACAACCACAAUAUAUUUCUCUUGACGGUGCCCAAUAUGUGUCUUUCGUUGACAAAUACUCAUAUUGGACCAUUCACUUCAAAGCCCCACAGAAGUGGGGUGACACCUUGUUUUCUGCAGUAUGUGUGUUUUUAAUAUACAGAAAUUGAUGGUUUCACUUAAUUGUGAUGUCACCCCUAAGAUUGUAUCCUACAGCAACGAAAAUUUACAGUAAUUAGGCCCAUUUGAAGUAAAGUACAAACAUAUUUCCUUUAUUGAAAGACGCUGUUGGUUUUGCAAUGAUGCUUUUUUGUCUUUUAAUGGUAAGUGGAAUAUCAAGGCUUAGUUUAUCAAGAAAGAAGGAAAACGGUGUUUAAUCGUUUUUUUUUUAAUGCUUCCCUUACACAGCGGCCACCAAAAGUUGCAACUCAAUCAAGCUCUUCAAGUGGACCCCUAGCCGAUAAACCUCGUAUUUUAUUAUGUGCACCGUCUAAUGGUGCUAUCGAUGAGUUAAUAGGGCAAGUCGCACAGGCAUUAAUUCGUCUUGAUAAACGGAAGGACGAUAGGGAGAACAGGAAAAGCAACCGAAAAAGUACAGUGAAGGAAGGUUGGUAAUUGUAAAUGCUCACCCCUACUUUCAAGUAACUCAUUUCUUUCUCUGUAAUGUGCGUGUGGUACAUUCUCGAACUACGAAACGUCAGUACAGCAGUCUGUGGAUGAAUAUUUUGGUGGCGAUAUUUAGUAGUCACGAUAUGGAAAUACCUGUGCAACCUUUCAAAAAAUUCAAUGGUCUAGGGACAUGCUCGAAGACUUUUGUUACUAUGAUGUGACGUUAUCCCCAUAGGCAUGUCUGCUUAUGAGAGAUAAGGAACCAGUUUUUCAAUACCUGGCAAUUGCUAGUUUUCACUAUCACGUCAUCCAUAAUAGAAAUAGAUAAAGUCCAGAAUCUGGAAAAUGAAAGGAGAUAAAUACGCAAUGGAGACGCCAUGCUGGUGUACAUCGGAUUGGGCACCAACAUGGCGGCGGGAAACCAACAGAAUCAUCUGUCGCUGAGUUUUGCUAUGAAAGGAACUCUGAAACGUUAAAGGAUUCCUUUUUCUAAUUCAAGGACUAUUCAGACAGGAAAACCUCCCAAAAUAAGUCACUGUCUGUCUCAUUGUAGAUGAAGUCAAGUAAAGACCAGCAAUUGCGUGAAAUAGCUGCUCGUUGCCAUCACUUUGCUGGUGGGUACUGAACACCAAUUAACUCAGGGAGUGCAUUUCAUUUGCAUAAAAUGGACUUAGUAAUCGGACAAUACAUGUUAUUCGAAACAAUUUAAAUAAAAUUUGUCCCAAUGUUCAUGAUUUCCAAACGUUCUUGGCGACCGAAUCUACGCUUAAUUUGCUGGGUUCAUGAUCAAAAUGUCACUUUAUGUCAUUAAAAAGUGCAGAAGUCCAGGCAUCAAUAAAACAUUUUAUUAAAAUUUUUCUUUCUAGUUUUCUCCAGAAAUUGUGGUGAUUUGUCUUUAGUCCGGGUGGGUCGCAAGUCACACAUACAUCCCUCUGUGAUGAAGUUUUCUUUGGACAGCUUAACAAAGGAAGUGAAGGAAAGACAGACCGUUGUUUCUGCCGUAGGAGAUCUCAACUCCAUCAGAGAAAAACUUAAGAUUUAUGAGCACAGAGAAAAGGAGUUGGACAUAGAGAUUCUAGAAUUAAAGAAUUCUCCUUUCCCCGAUAAUAAUACCAAGGUAUCUUUUCGUUCUUUUUUGGUGUUUACUCGUAACAUUAUCAAGGUCAUAUUUCCUUCCAUGAGGUCACCUGGCGAUUGUAUUCCUAUUUAUAUUUCACCCAAUUUGGGUUCUUCUCAGGCCACUCCAUGCUUUUCCUGGAUGCUAUUCGUUCUAGGGCCAAUUAAAAGCAGUUUUCCCAAGAUGCUUUUCAUACUAUUUAGUCUUCUGUUUCUAAUUCUCUCACAGCUCUGAAUAUAAGCUUUUAAUAAAUCGAAGCAAGUAAACAUCCAUAAGCAAGUCCUUUCGUUCAGAAACCCCGUUAGCCUUUCAUGGGAAUCAUCUGGAAGUUUAUUAAGUAAUACAAUACAAAUUCCCACUGUGAGAGAUUGAGCGAUUGCAGUAAACACUACGGGAUACAGCUAAUUCCAAAAUGUCGACAAGUUACUUUUCUUUUACAUUUCUGUUAAUUAGCCCUUUUUACCUCGGAUAUGAUAUAUAUAUGGCAUAUAGGGUAUCUACCUUAUUCCACUUUUAGUGAAGUUUAUCUCUGUAUUCUACGCGUUAUUUGUUUUUCAACAGCUGAGUGACAAGAUAAGGGAGAAAGAGAAGCUUAACACCACCAAAAAUGAACUUCGCAUGAAGUAUCGUGCAGAGAAAGCUAAGGACGCUGAUAGCCGGCGCCAGGAAGCACGAAUAAGACGAGAUAUUCUAGACUCUGCAGAUAUCGUUUGUACCACCCUCAGUGGAGCGGGCAGUAGAAGCUUAAAACGUGACUUGCAACAAGCUGGAAGGUAUACCUUGGUUGCGCUGCCUUCUUCUAUCCGUUCGGUUUUGUGCUAAUAUUCUCUGUUUACUAUUUGUAGGCCUAUUUGCCCGUUUACCUGCGUUAUCGUCGACGAGGUAGGUCUAGGUUACUUCUUUUUUUAUUAAAGUUUUAACAACCAAACUUUCCCAAGAUGCAAGGAAUCAGGUUGUCUAAGCGGAUUUGAUUUUCAUUUCCCAACUGUGGAAGGAGACCCCCUGCUUAAAAACCGUCAAGGUUCUUUAUCUACCCUACGACCUGAUAAGGAAAGAUGAACGGGAUAAGGCUAAUAGAUUUAUGGGACCAAUCAGUGACAUGAUCAGCUGAGGUGAUGCCAAUUGUUAAAGACGGCAAGCUCACGGUUGGAAGUUAUUAUAAAGAGGUAUAGGGGUAAGUUGGGCAACUAAUAAGGUGAAAUGGGCAACCGUAAUUUCCCUAUGUUUUGAGAGCUGGUCUUUUUUCGGAGUCUUGACAAAAGGGUCACUUUCAAAAUUCCAGCUAAUGAAUCUGUUUAUGUUUGACAAGUUACCUCAUAAGAAAUGCUAUAGUUGUGGUCCGGUCUGGGAUAGAAUAAAACAAAAAAAAUGUGUAAUUAAGGCUUCACAGCAAUGGGUAUUAUCUUCUGUAGGCAUGUCAGUGUACUGAACUAGAUGUCCUCAUAGCGCUUGAACAUAUGGCGUCCAAGUUGGUGCUUGUUGGAGACCCUGAACAGCUUCCACCCACUGUUCUGUCCAUGGUAAGUAAUAUCACAGGGUCGGUGUUGGUGAUUGCACCCACCCGUAACACCAAGAAACUACCAUAAAGGGGAAGGAGGUGGGAAAUAUAUUGAGGCUGAAACAGUUUUUAGGAUUUAUGAAUCCUCUUUUUUGUUCAGUAAUAUAUUUGACGUUCUCUUUGGUCCAUUUUUAGAAGGCAAAGGAGAAAUUUUUUGGACGUUCCAUGUUUGAAAGGCUGUACAGGUUCUUCAGACAUCACGGUCAGUUUUCUUCUUGCUAGCGUGCCAUUUAUGUGUUCAUGUUUUACAGGUAUUAUGUUCCUGUUUUCGUUUCUUUUCCUCUGUUCUUUAUUUUAAUUUGUCAGAGCAUUAAUUUGCGGGUAGAUUUCAUCUGACCUGAUCUCUAAAAUCGUGGUCAGCCCUCGCGCUUCGUGAGCGUUCUUCUUUUACUUCCGAGUUUUUAAAUUGCUUUAAUGCAACUUAACCCAUGUUAAAUCGUGAUCAAUCUAAAGCCCUAAAGCUGAAAUUACUAUGAUCGUGAAAACAAAAAUGUCGAAAAAAAGUAAUAAAUGGAUUUUGCGCGAUCAAGUCUUGUUCUUGGAAAAACGUGUGCGGGAUAAAAGUACGAACUCCCUGGAUAACCUUGUAUAAGGAAAAAAACCCUGCGGUCCAUACUCUGUGCAUCCAAAGUUUAAAAAGAUCGACAAAAUAUGUUGACAUUGGUUUCUGGAAGUGCUAAAAAGCAGUAAAAAAAAGCUUGGUGCGCGAUGAAUUCGUGUGCGUGGUCGUUUCCGAUCUAGAAGCAGAAAGGCGUACAGCAAUGUACACACACAGACAUACUCACAAAGAGGAACACGUUCUCAUCAGGAGGCGGCGUUGACGUGUGGUUGAGGCGCUGGUUCUGUGAUCUGGAGGUCGCAGGUUCAAGUGUAGCACUGACCACUUGGUGAGGUUGUUUCCUGGCAGUCCCAAGUUCCGCCUCUUUGCCACGCUGCCUCCGUGAUACCACCAACUGGGCUGACUUCAGCCAGGUCUGAUGAUUGUAUGUCUAUUUGCAUCCGACCAUUCAACUUGAAUACCUACAAACAAGAUGAAGUAGGCUAGACUACUGCCAUUCAUUGUACAGCCAAGUACUAGAAGAAAGCGUCUUAGGCAGACUUGCUGCAGGCUUUUUGUCUUUCACUUCUCUCAAAGAAAGUCUGAUAAAAAGCAGCAAAUUGGCCUCCCUUAGUGUUAAAAAAUUCUAGUUAUAUCGCAAUAAGUCGGCAAAGUCAUAAAACGAUCCCCGUGUUUUGGCAAGUGAUGGAAAAAUUUGCAUACAACAAACGACAUCAAAACAAUUCCCUCUGAAUUAACAUGUAACAUCAAAAGUUUUCUGAUUCUUUCGAUCUUCAUCGCGAUUAUUCCAACUCACAUUGUCAAAUGUUGGAAAACUCUCCUAAAGUUGAAUUCCAUUUCACCGCUUGGUUACUUUGUCCAUAAUGUGUCAAAUUAGGCAUUUUCCAAAGUGUGCUGCACGCCUAAAGUUGUUGUUUUGCUUAUUGAACCUCGAACGCGAACCCCGAAAAACUAGCGUGGAGCUCGAGAAAACGCUUGUAAGCAGUCUACUGUACCUUUUCCAACUGGUCAUCUGGCAAUCAGGGACGGUCUUUUUGAACCUCGCUGUCAAAUUCACGACAGUAAACAACACACUCUGGUAAUUCCAUCUAUUCUGGCGUCAUAUACGCAACUGUCGCUUGUUUUAAAGAAACUCAAGGUGAAACUUACGUACUUCGAAAAAAUGUGAAAUUUGGUUAUUAUGGAACACGCUUUUUUUCGUCUUUUAUAUUUUGGAAUUUGUCUGUUUUCCUUACAAAACACAUGAUUGUUAGAGAUCCUUCCGGCAAAUGUCUUCCAAGUAGUGUGGGUUGUUUACUUUCUACUCGGAUGGUGGUUUUCUCGCGUCUGGCAACAUAGUUUUUCGAUUAGAUUAAGGUCAUCAAGGAACAGUGGAGUAAGGCCCUGUUCGCAUUGCAACGAAAAACAGAGUUUGGCGUUGACAAAAAAUUUGAAAAUUUUGAAAUCAAUUUUUUUGUUUUUGCAACCUUGUUCGCCCCUGAGACACGCGAAAUUGUCCGUAUAAUCAGAAACGUUAAAGCAACUUUAAUUGGUCAUAUUUGCGAAUUAAGAUGACCUUUUGAAGGAUAGCUGUCAAGGAUCAAAGGAAUUUGUCGCCUAGCAAAAAAUUGUAGGCCUCUAAUUAUUCUCGACGGCAUCUUUGACGUUUAGUGACAGUUGAUAAUAUCUUGGUAGGUGUAAAAAAAAUCUUUCGCACUAGAUAUGGCUUCCUGUUGACAGAUUUGCUUGCUAUAAAAAAACAAAAAUUCCCGUACUGCGAACAGGGCCCAAGCGUCGGCGGAGGGGCUGAUAGUUGCGGAAAACAGGAGCAUCGAAUAGAGGGGAAAACUGGAGGAAUACUUCAAAUCUGGUGUUGAUGCUUCACGGUUAUAACUCUAAGUGUUCCACAUUGUUGCCUCUUUAAAUUUUGCGGAUGCCGGGCAAAUAUCUUGCUUCAUAUGGCAAUCGAUGAAAGACACUGGCUUAAUCUACAGGUCGGUAAUUGUUAUCGAAGGUCUAGAAAGAAAUGAAGAUUGCGGAAAAUCGAAAUGGGCGACUUUGUGGUAAGGAAAUAAGUGGCUUGUUGUCAAUGCAUCUUUAAAAUACGAAAGUAAGACAGCUCAUGCGCAAAAGUUUGGUUGAAAGGAAAUGUCUUUGGCCACUGAAGAGCAAUGGUGCUCAAAUUUCCUCUCAUGGAAUGAUUAUGAAGGCUUCCAGAUAUGAAAAAGCGUGGGGUUCAGAUGUUUUGUUGGUAAUUGAUAUUUUUAUUGGUAUUUAAUCAACUUCAUAAAGUAUACAUUUGGUUGGCAAGGCUACUUGUAUAAGAACGGAAAUGAAAUGGAAACAAAGCGGCAAGUGAGAAAGGAAGGCAUUUUGUCUGGAUUUUUCGAUGGGAAAUGGAAUUGUACGGGGGGUAAUUUCUUAACUCUAUAAGACCUCCUGUUGGAUUGCAAAGCUCGUAUCAACGCGUUCAACUUUGCAAAGAAAGGAGAAAUCUGUCUGCACAGUCCAAAGGGACAUGAAAAGGUGAUGUCGAUGGAAAGUGGCGUUCAUUGGUUGGUAGCUGACCAUAUUGUUGGUAAAUAAUCAGCAGCCGAGAGGCCUUCAGGUGGAUGGUAAAAUAAGUCAACAUUUUAAAUUAAACUGUUUUUACAAGAGGUCAAAAAAUAUUGUAAGAGAUAAGCGAUACGACAAGUUUAAGUGUACCGUCAGCAGAGGCAAUAUGAAGCGAUUGUGUUUUCUGAUGUGAGGCGUAUUGAACCGGUUUUUAGAAUCAUUAAAGAAAAGGGACUUCAGUUUGCCAAAGACGUGUAAGCAAUUUCCUCGAUAACAGGAAGAGGUUCCAUAAAAUAAGAGUUAAAAAAGUUUUGGUAGGGCGGAGUGGAACAAUCGAGGGAAUGCUAUAUAAAAUUCCGAUACAUACUGAAAGUUUGCAGGUAAGUUAGUUGCUUGUGUGCUAGUUCUCCAAUCUAGCUGGACUAUUUCUGUAGACAGUAAUGGAAUUAAAACUCCAACGAGUUGAUGUUUUUACAAUCGGGCUUUUGAGUGAAGGUUAUGGUUUUAAGAGGUGUAAAGGAUGACAUGGGGUCUUAACUUUAAAAAUAAUGAGGGUGGUCGUAGCCAUUGAGGUCAAUCAUCCUUCAGUUAUAAAGAAGUGUCUCCGGGUAGGUAGUGGUAGCAGCAGUAAAUAAUUAAAUGUCGGGGAAACUUUGUUAGAUCAGUUUAGUACUGAUGAGACUGUCCAAAUAUAGGCGAAUCUUUGUUUACAUUUUUUUGCCUCAUUAAUGCACGCUUAUUCUCUGAUCAAGCUGGUGAAAAGUAUUUCUAGAUAUUGAAAGAGAAUGGCAAUGUCAGUAAUAUUUGAAAUUUGAGCCCGAUUAACCGAAUAGUUUCGGAUAAAUUCUCCUUUAUAAACUGAAAAUUUACAAAGCAGACGAAAUGUUUCAUGAUCGUUUUUGCUACCCAGCUAUUUCGUUAGGUAUUGCUUUCAAAAAGCUGAACAUUGCUCAAGUUAAUCCGCUCAUCCAUCGUUUUAACUCAGUUUGAUGACGCUUUCUUCCUAACUCGCAUGCUAAUAUGCAAAUUGUGAACAAAGAGGUCAGCAACUCGCUUGUUGUUGGAGGAGCAGGGGGCUUAUUUAAUCGUAAAUUUCCUCCCAGCUAUCAAUCACUUCACUUAUUUGAAAUUUUGGAAACAUCGCUUCUUUUCUCAACGAAAAAUCCUUACGAUCCUGAUUUUUGAUCUGAUCUUGGAUUUUAGUAAAGAAACGUAUCCUAAGUUUUCAAAAUUGCAACUGUUUUUAUUUUUGUGAUGCCGUUUAUUCAUCACACACUAAUAAGAAAGUUGCACCAGUCGUUUUUAGAGGACAUACGAGGAGACGCGGAAAGGCCAAGAGGCACCCGUGAGCAGAUUUUAAAUAUCAGGCUAUCACCCCGAAUUCUAAAAAUUGUAGCCAUCCCCAUCUCGUGCGUUCUCAUUUUACUUUCGAGUUUUUUAACGUUGUGCAUAAUUUUUAAUCGACUUUAAAGCAAUCUAGCCUAUGUCAGAUUGAGAGGAAUCAUGAUAGCAAAGUCGCCGAAAGUAGUAGAAAAGAGAUUUUUUUCUGUUAUUCAAAACCCCUCGUCUUUGUGUCUUUAUUAUUUGGGAUAAAAAUACCAACUCCACAGGUAACAUUUCGAAAAAGAAAAAAGAACACAUUCCAUACUCUGAGCAUUGGAGUUUUUAAAAGAUCGACAAAAAAUGUUGGUAGUGGUUUCUGGAAGUGCUUCAAAGCAGCGAAAGAUACUGCUUUAUGUGCGACGAAAUUCGUUAGUGUGGUCGUUUGCGACCUAGAAGCUGACAGGCGUACAGCAAUCUGUACACACAGACACCCAGAAACAGAAACAAAAUCCCAUCAGGAGGCAGUGUUGACGAGUGGUUGAGGCACUGAUUCUGUGAUCCAGAGGUCGCAGGUUCAAGUGUAGCACUGACCACUAGGUGAGGUUGUUUCUCGGCAGUCCCGAGUUCGGCCUCUUCGUCACCCUGCCUUGGUACAAUCUAGCUGUCUUCAGCUAGUCCUGGUGAUGUCUGUUUACAUCUGACCAUUUAACUUGAAUGCAUGUAGGCAAGAAUGCUGCCAUUGCACAGGCAAAUUUGACAAAAUAGCCUCCUACGCAGACGUUCUGCUUGCUUGUGCUUCACUCCCUUCGAGGAAGUUCUGUUAAAAAAGCAGCAAAUCCUGUCUCCCUUAGUUUACGAAAAUCGUAGGUAUAUCGCAGUAACCGAUUCCCGUGUUUUAGCAAGUGAUGAAAGGAUUUGCAUACGUUCAACAACAUCGAAAUUAACGUGUACGAUCGAAGUGCUCUGAUAACUACGAAACACUGUGUUAUUCAUGCACAGUAGUGAAAUGUAUAUUCUCGAAAACUAUUAAGAUAAGCGGACAGGUGUAUUUUUGCCAUCUCGAUGCAAUGUGCCGAUAACUCGGAUACGGCAAAGGCGACGCCAACUCGGGUAGCCUGCACUAUAGGCGUUAUUAGGAAAGUUAAGCUGGCUUGAAAUGUAUACUUGUGUUCUUUCAGAUGUAAUCAUGAUUAUUCCAGCUCACUUAAAUUAUCAAAUAUAGGAAAACCAUCCUGGAGUUAAAUUCCGAAGGACCAUAUCCAAGAGAAAGGACGGCUUCGUCAUAGCUUGUCUACCUCCUCCAUAAUGAGUUGAAAUUAGGCAUUUUCAUGGAACAGUCGUGACGGUGACUGUGCAAUGACGUUGAAGAAAUCUUCAAGAAAGUGUGUUGCACUUCCAAAGUUGUUGUUUUACCUAUUAAACCUUAAACGCGAACCCCGAAAGAUUAGUGUGGACCUCGAGAAUACACCGCGUGUACUUAGUCUUUUCUACUUUUCCAAGUGGUCAUUUGGCAAUCACAAUUUGACCCUUUCUGUUAAAUCCACGACAUGAAAAAACACACUCUGGAAGUUUCAUCUAUUCUGCUUGCAUCAUACGCAAUUGUCGCUUAUUGAAAAAAAGUAACGGUGAACUUUCAAACAAAUGAGAAGUUCAGUUUUUACCUUGAUUUCUUUGCCAAUAUAGAGCACGAUCUCUUACUCUAUGGAAGAUGGCACGCUGACUUCGGAAUUCACUCAUGCGUGAUAAGAAAACGGAACUAGAAAUACUCUUAAGUUACCGUUUUCGGAUGGUAUUGAUUACAGGUUGUCCUCUUCUUAACGUUAAAAAACGAGAAAUCCCAGACUUCCUUUUGAAAAGGGCGCAAACAGUUCGAUCCUUUUGUGCAACCCAUGGGGUUAAAACAAAGUUACCAACGAAAUUGUUGAUUCGCUGUUUUUUACCUUCGAUUGGGAAAAACACGUUUCUUUUCUUUUUUCGGCUCCUUAGCAAAAGCGAUCCUUGAAAAUCUUCACGGCAGUCGAUUUAUUUAUAUCGUCCCUAUCAGAAAAAGCUUACGGUUAUUUGGAGGUAACGUGGUCGAGUGGUUAGUGCGUUGGACUUGCAAUUCGGUGGCCCCGAGUUGAAGUCCCGCCCGGACCGCUAGCUGGAUUUGUUUCACGGUAGUCCCGAGUUCAGAUCCUCGACCACUCUCUUGAAUAGCCGACGGGAUUGGCCGCCGGCCAGUUUGGAUUUUUAACCCCUAACUUACGUUUGAUGUAGAUGAUUUGUUUUAGUCAUUUUCUUGGCCAUGCUAACUUUUGUGCUAUAAGCACUGCCAAGGGCAAAUAAAUCAGUCAUUAUUUCGCAUCGUCAUCAUGAUCGUCUUCGUCGUCGUUAUUUAAAUUUCGCACAGCUGAUGAUGUUGAUAUCCUCUCUGGGCCUGGAUAACGGCGAGUUGCCUGGGAAGGCCAAGCUGUUUGCUUUCAUCUUCUCUACACCUCGAGCGUGUUUCUUGAAAUUCUUGCUGGCCCAACAGUUCACAUUUCUGGAUCACUUUUGUCGACACCUCCGCGCCAAUAACCCUCCGAUGAAAGGGUUCCGAUCCUUAUGCCUCCACCACCACCGGAACCACCUUUGUCCUUUCACCCCGCAGUUUUGGAACUUCUCUCGCAAGAUCUUGAUAUUUUUCAACUUUCACAGCUUCCUUUUUCCUCCCCAGUCAAUCCUUUGUUAUUGGCAAAUCUAUAAUUUGACAGCACCUCUGUCUAUUGAUCCCCCAAUUCGGUCCCCUGGCCGUAAUUCAUUACAUGUUCGAACACUGAAUUCCUUCCAAAACGUGGUCAUUCCGCUUAAAUUUGCACUUUUCAGCCAGGACCCAAUGGAUUGCCCCAGCCACUUUGUCAUUUCUCGUCUUUGAUUCUUGUGCCAGUUUCGGGCAUGAACAUAGAAUAUGGCUGACGGUAUCAGCUUCUGCUCUGCCACUUGUCAAUCUUUGCUUUCAUGUAAUUAGUACGUAAGCUGGAUUCUUAACUGCAUUGAUGAGAGCUUGUUUCUCCCUUUCUUUCCUUCAACCAAGACGACGUUUCCUCAUUUACAUGGCCUUCACGGUUUUCUUGCCAUUCUGAAUUCAGUUCUCCUUGCUCUAAAGCCGGAGGGCUUUUUUUGUUUUUCAACUCUUUCCCUCCUAACUGUUUUCAACAGUUCCUCAUGACUGGAUUGGACAUAACUUUCUAGCGAUUGCCUGGCUUGAUUGACAGAGUCGUCUAUGGAUACAGGGGCCAUUCCUCCGACCUUCCUUGGCACUUGAUGUCGUGCCACACAAGCCCGUCGAACGAACUCUUUUGUCCUAUGGUCUAAAUGCUGACUUUCGUGUUUUCUCAAUUCAAUACCCCCUCCCCCUUCUCCUCUAUCCACAUAUCUGGCAAGUGACACUGCCCAGUGUCUUAACAUUAUUACCGUUAUUAUUAUUAUUAUUAUUAUUAUUAUUAUUAUUAUUCUCUUUAGUUCUCGUCUUUUUCUGGGUCUUCUCAGCCAUGAUUCAGCAGCUUACCGCAAGAUGUGAGCAGUACCAAGGAUGGCUAACAACUGUGCUCGUCCAAAACUGUCAGGCAGACUUAACCUCCCAUACCAAGCUUUUUUCAUUCUUGGAGAUAGUGUACCAAUCACGAUGGGUAGUACUGUCACUUUCGUGACUAUGGAUUCUUUUACUUUUGAGUCUUGAUACCUUUCCACCUUCUCCCCCUCAGUAGUAAGGAUAUUUUGGUCCACCUGGCCCAGCUAUGUCAAUGUGUGCCACUUCUGUGUAGCUUUGUGUACUACAGUAAUAUCUGGCCAAUUGUGCAUCAGCAGCUUGUCUCCUGUCCCAAAUUAUCCUCCUUUCUCUACUCUGCAUUUGGGAUGGCUUGAUGGUCUAAACACUUGUCGGUACAUUCUAACCAUACCUUCUGCCAAGCUCCCGGUACACCCUUAGAGCCCCGUAGUGCCACGUCCUAUAUUCUCUCUGGGCAAGCUUCCUACAUCUACUGACAGUAUGACAUGCUGUUUCAAUAAAGAUAAAAUCUGCGUAGUGGUGUCUCAGAGGUCUUCUCUAUUCUGUGCUUGACCGAAUUUGUUCUUAAAGCUUGUUCUUGAGGAUCAGCCUUCUGUUUCCUAUUUUAAAAACCAUUCCUGAUCCAUUGCAAGGACUCCCCUCCACAUCCGGAGAAGAGGGCGUUUACUUCCAACUACUGACUUUCUCCUCUUUCCUCGUCCUCUAGUAGCCCUGAAGAUUAUCCUUUUAUAAAGCACGUUCUCCUUCCAAGCCAUUUGCAGCACCUACUCUGUGCUGUCUCUCAGGGAGCCAUGCCAGGAUUUGGUCUCCCUCUUCACCACUCGUAAAACCAAUCACCGCACCCCCCCCCCCCAACCUUUCUUCCUCGGUAGAUACAGUCUGGCAACAUUACUUCUGGAGUGUAAACAGCAUUUCAUUGCCAAUAUCUUCCUAGUUUUUCUAUCCCUGCUGGCUCUCUCUUCCACUCCGCAAUCCAUGGUACCUGCACUGCAGCGUACUACAUCUACAGCCCAGGCUUUUAUGCCACUAAUAUGACUUCCGCCAUUCAAUUUGGAACUACACAGCUUCGUAACUCUUCUGAUAUAUCCCGCUUUUUUCUUGCCUUUCAUUUUGGUAUUGAUAGUCUGGUCCUGUUGAAAUUUCCAUACUAUCUGUAGCCCUCAUCUACAACUUCACUGUGUUGGUCAUCUGGUAGGUCGAUUUCACUGCUCUCAAGUUUCCUUCCUCUUCUCAUUUCCAAGACAGCUUACUUGUCUAGCCCAAAAGACAUUUUGAUGUAUUCUAAUAACAUCCUUACCCCUUUUUGAUGCGAUGAACAAUAGAUGGUCGAUGUGCCUCAUGUCCUCUGCUAGUCUGUAUUCAGCUUUCACCUGUCUUAAAACUAGAGUCAGUGAAAAAAAAAUAGCAAGGCGAACAAUGUGUCUCCUGACGUCAACCUGCCCAAGCUCCACUGCACGCUGUUACUGAUUACAGAGAUUUUAUUCUUGUUUACCCCAACCAUCUCAAGAUUCACGAAUAAGGCACCAUAUCAAAGGCCUUCUUAUAAUCUGUACAAGCCAUUGAUAAGUUUUUCAGCCUUCUUCGGCAGUUCCUCUGCACAGUUCAAUCUUCAAGCAAUUGAUCUUUUUCUCAGGUUUCCUAUUAUACAGCUUUUAUUAAUCUACUAGCAAACCAUUCCUCUCCAGCUGUAGGUUUAACUUCUCUCCCAUGAUUCCUGUCAUGGAUAGGCAGGCAAUAAGAAGAUAGUUGCUGGCCUUGUUCCCCUUCGCUGGAUCCUUCUUUAUCGAAAUUUUAUUCCUGUGCCCAUCCAUUCUGGAACAUUACCUUUGCAAACGCCUUGUAGCUUUUCUUGCAAUCUGUUGUACCUCUGUGCGUCUCUUAAACCAGUACCCCUUUCAAUUUGCUAUCUUGUUUUUUUACAAUUGUAAUGUCCUCCACAGAGAUGAUAGUGGAGCUCCAUAGCUGAGAAAAUUUUGUUAUGUAUCCAUCACGUGCCUGUACCUCCGUCCGUCCGCGCCAGAGGGCAACCAAUAUGAAAUCUCAGACUUUCCUGCAAGAGUGGAGGACAAAAUUGCAUUUGUGGAGCCUAAAAUCAAUGUUGUGGUCAAUUGUUAGCUGUCAAAACAGAGUAUCCGCUGACCAUUAUCACAUGACCGUUUCGGCCCACCGAGGUUACAUGAUUUUUGAAGUUAUCCGCUGAUAAGUUACUAGUUUUCAAUUGAUCGCUGGUUCAACUUUAAGUGGCAGCUUCAGUGGGUUCAUCUCUGUUUCAUUUCAUCUGUUUUCUGGAACAUUAACUGGGCAAACGCCUUCUAGCUUUUCUUGCAAUCUAUUGUAUCUCUGUCCGUUUCUUAAACCAGUACCCCUUCCAACUGCCAUUUUGUUUUUUUCAUUUGAAAUGUCCUCCACUGAGAUGGUAGUGGAGCUCCAUAACUGAGAAAAUUUGGUUCUAUAUCCAUCACGUGACUGUACGUUCGUCCGUCCGCGCCACAGGGCAACCAAUUUGAAAUCUCAGUCUUGCCAGCAAGUGUGGAGCUUAAAAUCUAUAUUGUGGUCAAUUGAUAGUUGUAAAAACAGGGUUAACCGCUGACCAGUAUGACAGACCGUAUCGACGCAUCGAGGUUACAUGUUUUUUGAAGUUAUCCGCUGACAAGUUACUAGUUUUCAACUGAUCGCUGGCUCAACUCUUAAGUGGCAGCUUCAUUGGGUUCAUCUGCCACUGUUUCAGCUCUUUCAUUGCUAUCUAAGGUUUCAUUAUUAUUAUUAUCAUCAUCAUUAAUGUUAGUGUUUCAUUGUUAUUAUUAUUAUGUUACAAACUUCUCAAAUAGACGAUCUUCGAUUUUUCACACACAUCGCCGAAUGUCAACCGAAAGACCUCGUGAGUUAUCAUCUAUUUUGUUUCUGCUGUCCGCUCUAACAAGGAUAAAAUUUUCAAUUUACUUCCACGAUUUGGGAGUGCCCUAUAUAAGGCUAUUCGUGUCCUCAAACAUAAGUUGGAGAGGAUCGUUGCAUGACGUGCAAUGUUUCAUCUUAAGCCUGGUUUUCACUAGCGCAUAAGGAUAAGCACAAGGACAUGUGUAAGCAAGUGAAAACUGGGUCGACAAAAGCUUAAACACGUGCACAAGAAAAACGGACAAGUUCGUUCUUCUUGUGCUUUUGCUUAUGCUUAUGUAGUAGCUUUGACUAGUGAAAACGGGGUCGACAUAAGCACAAGCAUAAGCACAAGGCCGUGGACCAAUCAUAGGUCACUUUGACCCAGACCUCAUGCGAACAUAUCGAAAGCAAUAUGGCGGACGCUUCGUCCGCCAUCUUGUUUACCAUCGGGUUGUGGAGAGCUGGUAUCAAGAGUUGAGUCAAAUAUGCCAUUCUGCGCGUGCGUAUGUUCUUAUGUUAUGCUUAUGCGCUAGUGAAAACCAGGCUUUACCUAGAGGCUUUCUUAAAGCAAGAUUCAUGACUGUUUAAUUUGUUGCAAAGUGCCGAUACCUGUAAUAAUUUUUGCUUUGCAUUUUACGUGUGACGUCGCAACUCCUGCGACACCUCUCUCCCACCUCUCUGUUCUUUAAUGAGACAAAUGCCUCAUCACUUAAUAUAUUCCAAAAUAUUAAUUCCUGUAUAAACUUGGUCGUCUAUUCUUUAACAUACUCCUCUUAAGUUAUGCGAUGCUUUCUGAACGAAUUUCCUAUUUUUAAUUGUUUAAUUUAUUCCAAAAUGCGAAUACAUGUAUAAUUUUUGACUAUCAAGCUCUCUUUGUGGUGUUCUGGCUUUCGUUUUGUUUUUCGGCUAUCAUUAAUCAACGUACAACGGCUUAUGUAGAACAUGGAUACGAAAGCCUAAUGGCUUCGCUUUCUUGUCAAGAUUAGAGAAUUACAAGGUCCUUAUAAGGGGUGGUUUUUCAGUGUUACCAAACGUGACAUCCUUUACUGGCAUAUUUCACAAGUUUGCGGUGUUUAGCAAUUGCAACUUGCUUUUGUGAACUUAAUUGAAGGCUACCAAUUUAUAGAAAAGACGCCUGGUUAAACGAAAUUGUGCUACUGACACUUGAUGCGGCUUUGCACGUGCUACAAAACAGCGCAGCACCAUGAAUAUAAUCUGUAAACUAUCCAUCUGCAACUUUUUGAUUGUCGCUCGACCGUUCAUCCGUGCACACCUUUAUUUACCAGCUUUUUGGGACACAGGCCUGCCCAGAGGGAAUGUGUACGAACGGGACUCAGGUCCCAUGCGAGGUGCCAUCCCUACCCAAUCCCACAACCCGCAAAGGUUGGCCACACCACCGGGGUCUACGACCCUUACUCUUUUCGAAUAGUGAUGUGAGUUCUUUUACGUCCCACAAGAACAAAUCAGUGAAAGUGCUGUGAGACGGGACCUACGGUUUCUCGUCCUUAUCCCAGAAGACUAGAAAGUCUGACCAUUUGCAGAUGUCAUUACAAAGGGAGCACUUUCUUCUCAGUUAUUUAAAGACCCUGAGUGUUGGUGCGGCUUGGGUUUGAACCCGCGACCUCCCGCUCAGCAGAUCGGCGCUCUCCCAACUGAGCUAACCAGGCGGCGGUUUAUACGCACCGCAGGGAAACCAAUAUGACAUAGCAUACUUACCCGCACAAACGAUAAUGUUGAAAUGAAAAGGUCAUGGUGUCAUUCAUUAAGAGUGAUAUACGCCUUCUAUGCCAAGGUCAAUCGCCAACUGUCAAACAUGUUUAAUUCACUGACCCGUCUCAUAUGUACGCUGGCCAUUUUUUCUUUGAAUUGCAGCUUCAAAUAUUCGGCUUUGUAGUGUUGUGUCUGUAUACUUUGUUUAAUGUUUUAGUGGAGAUCAAAUUUGAUAUUUUAUUUUCUUUAGACAUUGGCAAGCCAGUACUGAUGUUAGAAGAACAGUACCGUAUGCAUCCAGAAAUUGCUUCUUUUCCGUCUCAACAUGUCUACAGCUCUCGCCUGAAGAGUCACAGGUUAGAUCCCUUAAAGUAGUUUUGCAGCGUUGGUUGUUUAGCAAACAAUCCCCAGAGUUUUGUGACUGAACAAUAAUAAAGGACAAAAGUAUUGCGACACUUCUAUAAAAUGACCCCUUUUUGCAUAGUGGACAUAGCUAUCCCUCCCCCCUGUGUACCCUCAUCCCCUCCCCCCAAAAUCAAUAUUGUAGUCUUUCGUUUACUACAAACGACAUUGAUUCGGGGGUCGGGGGAUUUACGGCGAUUAAAUAAAAAUGAAGUAAUAAAUGAAUGAAAUUGUUGAUAAAAGCACCCGUUUUAGACAAGUGUUUCUUGAAAUUAGCGUGCGUCACAUAAAUAAGUUCACCUUGCGGCCCUUGUCACCUUUUGAUGGUGAUUAAGUAAUCCUACACCUCCAUUUGCGUUGCAGCUCUUUAGCGAAGAGGCGAUUUUGGUUGGAUAAGCACUACGCGCUUUUUGAUGUUAUUUGCGGACAAGAGAUAAGUCAAGAGCGAGGGUACGUAUCAGCUAAGUGCAUGUCUUUCACUAACACAGAAGAGGAAUCGUUCCUAUAACUUUACAUUUAUAUAAAACGAAACACACAGUAGAAUUAUAAGGAUGUUUGGCCAAUUUUUGCUAUCUAAAUUGACAGCAAUUGUUCCCCUCUAAAUGACUAAGAAAGCUUAAAAACUUGUGUUUUCUUUAAUCCUAAAAGUGCUUUAUUUAAGUGCUACAAACCAGUCAUUACAAUCAUCCGUCUUGAUACAGUGGAACCUACACGAGUAGAAUAGUGGUGCUUAGAAGCUCAAUUAUAAUGAUGAUGUUUUUGCGGUCAUUGUAGAAUUGCCGACCUUGAAUGCAACUUGCAAAUUGCUCCGAUGCUGAUAAAAAAGAUAAGAAUUCUCCCUGAAAGAGGGCGUUACCCGCUCCUACCAAUUAGCACAGUGACUUGUAACUUGCUUCUUUGUUAUUGGUAGUUGAGGGAAUGGGCAUUAACGUUAAUUCUUAAAUUCUUUCUUAAAAAGCGCAUUGUGGAAUCCAGCUGAGGUGGAGAUAAUCGCUGAUUUGUGCAGUAAACUUACAAUGAUAUUGAAGCCAGAAAGUGUUGGCAUUAUUACGCCGUACAGGAAACAAAAAACGGAGCUUCAAAGGAAACUCCACGAGAGGUGAAUAUUGAUUUUGCUUUCCCUUGCCAAGAGACCUCUGUCAGUAAUAAUGAACCGUACGACGGUUUUCUGUAAAUAGGGACUUAGACAUCCAACGACGCGCGGCAACGAGAACGUUGCUUAAAAAGUGAAUUUGUGUUAUUUCUCUCUUUGACUUUGGAUAUUCAACUUCAGGAGGGUUCGCCUACAUUUGACAAUUCAGGUUGGUAGGAAUAAUCGCGAUAAAGACUGAAUGAAGGCAAAUUCACUUUUUAACCGACGUUCUCGUUGCCGUCGCGUCGUUGGAUCUUACAAAGUGCCUGUUGCCAGACACAGACGCACACUGUUCAUGUGGGUCAGUGGUUGAUUUAUAGCUAUUGAUAGCAUUCCCUAGUCUUAAUAUUUCAUUUUAUAUGGUGUUGUAAGAUAAAAAUCUGUUGCUUUUGAGAAGUGAUCAAAGCUGUUGUACUCAGACAGUACCCACCGCUGCACCGGAAGACUGGUUCCCCAUUGUAAGAUGAAGGUGCCUCAUUUGCGAUACCCCCUCAAUAACUAAUAAAAACUAAAACGCGAUUUUAAUUUUUUUUUCAUCAUUUCAAAGUCCAUUUAAACAAAAUACUUAAGUCUUUUGUCCUCUAGGCUAAUCAGAUAGGAGGUGUAUGGUAUAACAGUAGUUUUUUUUUUUUUUAAGAAAACUCCAGUCUUGUUGUCAUCAUCUUGAGAAUAAUUUGUGUUUCUGUGUCUUUUUAGGGGCUUAUCUAGAGAUGGUGCCAUUAUUGAAGUGAACACAGUAGAUGGCUUUCAGGUACUUUACAGUUAUUAUUGUGGUAGCCAGACAAAGGCUUUAUGAAACGUGAAACCAAUGCAUUACUUUAUUUCCAGGGAAGAGAAAAAGAUGUGAUUAUUUUGAGCUGUGUUCGUGCAAAGAAUGUUCGAGGCUCUAUAGGGUAAGAUGAAACCUAUGUUUUGUACGUGAUAUGAUUCUUUUUCAGUACUGUAAUAAAAGUAUAUCCAUACAUGGGCAACGUAAUUUUGCGUUUAAUUUUGAUCUUUGUUUUCAGACAGAGAUAAUUGGAAGAGCAUACUGUUUGCCUUUCUAUGAAAUCUUGCAUCGUCCUUAUGUUCCUUUUCUAUCUGUUUGUUUAGGUUUGUAAGCGACAGACAACGAAUGAAUGUUUCCCUAACAAGAGCUAGACAUGCUUUGUAUGUCUUUGGUCACAUGGAUACUCUGAAGGUAGUCUGUAGUUUUUUAAACGUUAGCAGCAAACAAAACAAUUGAUGUUGCUGAUAAAAGAUAUUGAAAUUGAGAUUCGCCACUGUAGAAACGAGGGGGAACCUAGGCCGAGUUACUUCCUCUAAAACUUCUGGGACUGUUAAUCGGGGCAGAGAUAAAAUUGGCCAGUAGCUGACGGCACGACCCCAGUAACGAUUCCAGAAGCAAUUGCGGGACGCAUUUCGGCUCUGGGUCCCUUGUCCUUUGCGAGUCAAUAGUGCCACAAUGAUUGAUAUAAAGAUUCAUGGCCAAGUUUGUACCUCAUCUACAGCAUUUAAUAAAGUAAUUUAGCAAAGUGCAUAUUACUAAUAUUACAAAGGUUUCAAACACAGUUACGCAAUUUAUUGGUAACAAAUUUAGUUUACGCGUGUGGACGAGCCCAACGACCCAUCAGGGAAGAGUUUGUUCCCUUUUUACGCAACAUGAAGUGCCUCCGUGGACGGGAUGCUAGUCCACUGUCGGGUUACCCCCCUGGAUUUAAUUCGCCAGUUCUCAUUUAUACAUCUGGGUGGAAUGAGGCACCGUGAGACAAAGGGGUCUUGCCCAAGAACACAACAUGAUGAGCCCGCACAGUUCUCAUUGAACCAUUUGAUCACGGCGCCUUCUCCAAGCCUAAUGGAUAAGUCGGCAAUUAUUUAUAAAGCUCAAUGCUGUUCUUGUCUUUGCUUGACAGGGUGAUUCCAAAGAUUGGGGAGCUUUAAUUGAAGAUGCACAAGUAAGGCAAUGUUUGUUUCGUGUAGCAUCUGCAGGGGAUGUUCAGUCAGUUCUCUCCCUUGGUGUUAGGAACGAUGAGAGGUCUCCUGCUAAAGAUCCUCGGCAGAACCAUCAGACCGGGUCAGCAACACGACUUGAGAACACCAAAGUAACUCCUACACUGACAGUGGAGAACCAAAGAUCCAAAAAGACGGCUAAUGGAACGUUCCAGCAAGAGAAAGCCCUUUCAAGGGACUCCAGUGGCAAACUGUCAUCCUUUGAUAAUAACGUGAUGAACCACCAUGCUGUGAACAGUGCAACGAAUGCUCUGCAUAUUUCUUCCACGAAUUCCGUGAGUACAAAGGAAAUGGAUCGCCAUAAUGCAAGGGAGAAUAAUUCACGGCAGAGACAUCAUCAAAACAGCGCCGAAAUGGAAGCACGUGAAAAGAACUCGGAAAGACGCGAUCCUCAAAAGCAACCUGAAAGUCAUGCUAAUAAUCAUCACCAUCGACAUCAGCAUGUAUCGAAGAAGCCACAUUUUUCGGAACGAAAAGAACACCAAAGACAUCACCCUUCUUACAGGAAAGAACAUGAGAAGAAAAGCCAUGCCAAACACGAUUAUGCUAAAGACAACAUGCGCCAAGAGAGGCCAGCCUUGACUGAGCAAAGUAACAAGAGACAGAAGCUUAACGGUGAUGGAAUUAGAUCUCUAACUCUAAAUGCCACACAUCAUUCAGCAACAGCAUAUUCCUUGAAUAAUAGUUCUGAUAAAGAGAGGACUGACAACAGUCACGUUAGCAAACGAGUGGUUUCUCCUACAGGAAGCACUAAGCACUCUAAAGCAACUGGCCCUAGUAACCUUUAUUUGGGUCCCUAUGAAGACCACUUACAUAAAGAUGCUCGGCUGACAGCCGCAAAGGACUCGGCUUUGCAACGGGACACUAUUAAAGAAAGCAAUUCAACAUUUCUUCGUUCAUUUGAGUACGAAGAUUACCUAAAGUCACCCUCCGCAAUAUCAAGUUCUCCUACUGUCUUCCCAAGAUCACCGUCUGAAACCUCUGCUGGGCAUUCUACAGUUACACAGUCCACAUCUGCGCAACAGUUUUCGAGAUCUUGGCCAUCAGUAUCACGUCGAAAUCAAAACCAACUACCGUCACACGAAUUCCCACAGCAAUACGGACGAUCAUUUAAUGGUAAACAUACAACCUAUUCUCCAGCCGUUCGCCCAACGUCAUCUACAUCAACUACUCAAACAAGGAAGGCACCUUCCGCAGUAGCAUCCGAUAGCAUGUCUUGGAACCGGUCGGAGGUGUCAAGGCCCUCAGUGUCACCACCAUCACCUGGAAUUCACGAGGCUGGUUCUACUAGAAUUACCAGAGAACCAUCCACUUCUAGCCUCUCAAAUGGCAGUGAUCGUCCAAUGAGCACUCAUUCACUUGGUCGCAGGAGUAGUGGACUGGAUCCAGGAGCCGAACGAGCAGCCAACCUUGUAAGAGAGCGGCAUCCUCCUAAUGCGGGACCUCAGAUCAUCCCACCAGCCUCGGCCCUAUUUGGCCGUAGAGGCAGCAGAGGCGCUCAUGCCGUAAGUGGUGAAGAGGUUGAGAGGCUGAGACAAAAGGGAAUCGUGGCGGCACAAGGGCAACAGAAGAAGGAUGGGAAGGAUCAUUCACGGAGAAGCCUAAAUAAGCAGAAGGCAAAGUGGGGCGAAAAUCUGAGGUGCCACAAAAGUUGGAACAAAAGGUGAUCGUUGGAGGUUGACGAGAAGUUUUUACAGGCUUUUCUGCGCUAAACUGUUCACUUUGAAGAGUGCCCAGUCGGCACGCAUAUCUUGUGCCCAACCCUACCUUGUUGUCCUGUCAUUGUUCGUCUUGUAAAUGUAUUGUAAGUCAGACAGCAUGAUUUCAAGAACACAUAUAUGAUGACAUAAACAGAGGCAAGCUUCUUGGCGUGUAAGAGUAACAGUAAUCUUUAAGUAGGCUGUGCCGAUACACUUCUGUUGGGUGUGAGGUACAGGGGAAUUUCAUAGUACAGUCGAAGCUCUCUUUUCCAACACUCUUGUAAGCGGACAGUUCCAAUCUGGACUAUCCGCUUGAGCGGUCAGCGAUGGUGAUUGCUGCCUCUUGUUCUCCGCAGCUUUCUGCUGUUUGCUGCCUUGUUCGCGUGUGUUUGUUUGUGUAUCAAUAGACUUUUUAUCACAGGCAUUGAGCUUCACUAUAUCGGAGGAAAGUCAACAUCGUUAAAGGGGCAUAAGAGGUUUAACUAUGUGCCCUUCUCCAUUAGUAUUUUGCCUUUUGUGCUUUUUCUUCGAUGUUUCUUUCUUGAGGCCUUUGUAUUACUUUACGUAUUAUCUCCUACAUCAACAGCAUGCUUUUGAAUGAAGGAAAUAAAAUACAAACUGCCCGCUUACAAAAACCUUUUUUGUCAACUAACAGCUUCAGCUGGGGACACAUAUUGCUUCCCGAGAGUGUCCGCAUAAGGGAGCUUCGACUGUGUUUUGGUUUGUGAAUUUUUUUGGGUGACCACUGACAGUUCUAGUUUGCUGGUUGAAUGAGUAGACCUACUGCGUGUUUUGAGUUUCGUUUGUCAACUAGUACCUACCCUCUGAAUAUCAAGCGUAACCUGUAGUUCAAAAAUAUGACAGUGUUAAGAAAGGUCUAUCUGCUGUAAAGCUACAUGAUCACAAAUUGAUGCGACAUGUCUUGGUAGGAACAUGGCA